AUGCCGAGGUACACGGUGCACGUGCGUGGGGAAUGGCUGGCGGUGCCCUGCCAGGACGGGAAGCUCACGGUAGGCUGGCUGGGCCGCGAGGCCGUGCGGCGCUACAUGAAGAACAAACCGGACAACGGUGGCUUCGCCUCGGUGGAUGAAGUGCGCUUCCUCGUACGCCGGUGCAAGGGCCUGGGCCUGCUGGAUAACGAGGACCUGCUGGAGGUGGCCUUGGAGGACAAUGAGUUCGUCGAAGUGGUCAUCGAAGGCGAUGUCAUGUCUCCUGACUUCAUUCCCUCACAGCCGGAAGGAGUUUUCCUAUACAGCAAAUAUCGGGAGCCUGAAAAGUACAUUGCCUUAGAUGGGGACAGUCUGAGCACGGAGGAUCUGGUCAACUUGGGAAAGGGACGUUACAAGAUAAAGCUCACUUCAACUGCUGAGAAGAAGGUGCAGCAGUCGAGGGAAGUCAUAGACAGCAUCAUAAAAGAAAAAACAGUUGUUUACGGCAUCACCACAGGCUUUGGGAAAUUUGCCAGAACGGUAAUCCCCGUCCACAAGCUACAGGAGCUCCAGGUCAACUUAGUUCGUUCCCAUUCUUCAGGUGUCGGGAAACCACUCAGCCCCGAGAGGUGCCGGAUGCUCUUGGCUUUGAGGAUCAAUGUUCUAGCCAAAGGAUACAGCGGAAUCUCCUUGGAGACCCUGAAACAAGUUAUUGAAGUAUUUAAUGCCUCCUGCCUAUCCUACGUUCCAGAGAAAGGAACUGUUGGUGCCAGUGGAGACCUCGCGCCCCUCUCUCAUCUUGCUCUGGGACUCAUUGGAGAAGGAAAGAUGUGGUCCCCAAAGAGUGGCUGGGCUGAUGCUAAAUAUGUCCUAGAAGCCCAUGGGUUGAAACCAGUUGUUUUGAAACCAAAAGAGGGCCUGGCACUCAUUAAUGGGACACAGAUGAUCACUUCCCUGGGCUGUGAAGCUGUGGAGCGGGCCAUUGCCAUCGCCAGGCAGGCUGACAUUGUGGCUGCCUUAACCCUUGAGGUGCUGAAGGGCACCACCAAAGCCUUCGAUACCGACAUUCAUGCUGUCCGCCCUCACCGAGGGCAAAUUGAAGUUGCUUUCCGGUUCCGGUCACUCUUGGACUCGGACCACCACCCAUCAGAAAUUGCAGAAAGCCACAGGUUCUGUGACCGUGUCCAAGACGCGUACACCUUACGCUGCUGUCCACAGGUCCACGGUGUGGUGAAUGACACCAUAGCGUUUGUGAAGGACAUCAUCACUACAGAGCUCAACAGUGCCACAGACAACCCUAUGGUUUUUGCCAGUCGAGGAGAGACAAUUUCAGGAGGCAACUUCCACGGUGAAUACCCAGCCAAAGCCCUGGACUAUUUGGCCAUUGGCAUCCACGAACUUGCGGCAAUCAGUGAACGAAGAAUCGAAAGGCUGUGUAACCCCUCCCUCAGCGAGCUGCCUGCCUUCCUGGUGGCUGAAGGAGGUCUGAACUCGGGGUUCAUGAUAGCCCACUGCACGGCAGCAGCCCUGGUUUCGGAGAACAAGGCUCUCUGUCAUCCUUCAUCUGUGGACUCACUCUCGACCAGCGCCGCCACGGAGGACCACGUCUCCAUGGGAGGAUGGGCAGCCAGGAAGGCCCUCAGGGUCGUCGAGCAUGUAGAACAAGUCCUGGCCAUCGAGCUUCUCGCUGCCUGCCAGGGCAUAGAGUUUCUACGGCCCCUGAAAACAACCACUCCGCUGGAGAAGGUGUAUGACCUGGUGCGCUCUGUGGUCAGGCCCUGGAUCAAAGAUCGCUUCAUGGCCCCGGACAUCGAAGCAGCCCACAGGCUGCUUCUGGAGCAAAAGGUUUGGGAAGUUGCUGCACCGUACAUUGAGAAAUACAGAAUGGAACACAUCCCAGAAUCCAGGCCGCUUUCUCCAACCGCGUUUUCAUUAGAAUCCCUGCGAAAGAAUUCAGUCACAAUCCCAGAGUCUGACGAUCUUUAAUGGGCUUCCUCGUGGUCGGGCACAUCAGACAUGCCUGAGCCCAACACAGCAGUGGUGUGCUGCAGGAGGGGCCCAGGGGGACCGCCCAUGACGCGAAGAACUCAUCUCUUUUCAAACAUGCUCUGGUUAGGUCGGCAGCGGCGGUAGCCAAGCAGUUGCGGAACGGAGAGCCUUGUCCUUGUUGUCACGGUUUGCGGAGUCCUGGCUGUCUUUGGGUCACGGCGUUUUCUUUUUUGACAAUACAAACAGGCUACUUACUCUUAAGAAUGGCCACAGUUCCAUAGGUCUAUUUUUACUCUUAGUAUUAGGAAACUCAA